AAUGCGCUGGUCGCGUAGGUGACGUCACAACGGGCGGAGAAGAGGAGGGAGAGGUGCGGACGUCGCAGGGAGGCAGAUGAUUGGGAUCUCCGGCCCCCCCUGGACCUCUGACACAAUGUGGGAGAGUAGGAAGUGAUGCGGGGGACUCAGCUACGGCAGAUAUGGUUAGACAGCUUCUCAGGAUGGUAUGUUGACGUGUAUCAAACAUUGGCCGAGACAGUGUCUGGUGCAAGACAGACUGCUCUAAAACUGGACACACUCAACAUGGGCCAGUGUGUCACCAAGUGUAAAAAUCCAUCAUCUACACUAGGCAGUAAAAAUGGUGAACGGGACUCAAGCAAGUCACAUAAGAGAAGCUCAGGACACAAGGAAGAACACACGUCUGCUGGUGGGAAGACCUCAGGAGACAUCCUAGUCAAUGGAACAAAGAAAGCACAGGAUGCCACAGUAGAGUCAUGUCAUCCUCAACCACCAAGUGGUGAUGCAAAGAAGAAAGAGCCAGGGUUGGGAGCAGAAGUGUCAUCCUUGCAAAGGAUUGAAGAAUUGUUUCGAAGAUAUAAGGAUGAGCGGGAAGAUGUUAUCUUAGAAGAAGGCAUGGAACGGUUUUGUAAUGAUCUGAGUGUGGACCCAACAGAGUUUAGAGUGUUAGUUCUGGCUUGGAAAUUCCAGGCUGCAACCAUGUGCAAGUUCACUAGGAAAGAGUUUUUUGAAGGAUGCAAGGCAAUAAACGCAGACAGCAUUGAAGGAAUCUGCAACAGGUUUCCCAGUCUCCUAAACGAAGCCAAACAAGAAGAUAAAUUUAAGGAUCUUUAUCGCUUCACCUUUCAAUUUGGCCUAGACUCAGAAGAAGGGCAGCGGUCACUUCACCGGGAAAUAGCCAUUGCCCUCUGGAAGCUAGUAUUCAUCCAAAACAAACCGCUCAUUUUGGACGAGUGGUUAGACUUCCUAAUGGAAAACCCCUCAGGAAUCAAGGGAAUCUCCCGAGACACAUGGAACAUGUUCCUAAACUUUACUCAUGUGAUUGGACCUGACCUUAGCAACUACAGUGAGGAUGAGGCUUGGCCCAGCCUCUUUGACACAUUUGUGGACUGGGAACUAGAAAGAAGAAGAAAGGAAGAGGCAACCAAAUGCUUAAGAUCUACAGACACAGAUCAUCUGAGUGUAGAUGAACAGACUUAGCGUAAUGUGGACAUCGGACCCCGUUGACCUUCAUUAAUGUACUUUUAUGGACCUUCCCUGGAAAUUUAAUGGAGAAUCCAUAUAUUUUUUGUUCUUUUUUUUGGUUUCUUAAACUACUUUUACACCUAUUUCUGCCUUGUAUCUGAAAGGGCUCUAAAUGCUGGUAACAUGUUUCAGGCACUUUCUUACCAUUUGGUUAUUUUAGGUAUUAUUUGUUGUUUCUUGUUUGUUUUUUUAAUAGGAAUAUUUUAUCUCUUAGUGCCAGAAAGUGUUUCACCUUUUUAUAUUUCAGGUUUAACUGGCUCUAACUAAGUUAAAUGGGGAACUUGAAAAAUGCAGGUGGGGGGAGGCGGGUUUUGUUUUCAGUUUAUUUAAUUAAUCCCAAUUGAGGUUUUUAGGUUGGGUUUGGGGAAAAUAGCAGAGCAAUGCAUUGUAGG